AUGAAAAUUAAAGCGACUCCACACUCUGAAGGUAGUCUUGCACGAAGCGGGAGAGCAGCCGGUAGCACUCCCAGGCAAGGAGCCCGGCCGCCGGGUACAGCCGCCGCCGCCGCCGCUGCUUCCAGCUACCACACGCUCACCUGCUGCGGCCGCCUGGGCCACCGUAGAGGCAGAUCUUACCGCCCCUCUAAGGGCCGCAGCCUGCUGACUCCCUCCGCCAUCGCCCUCUGCCGUGGACCUUCAUAUACCCUUCCGGGGGCACAAGUCCUAGAGGUGAGUGAGAUCAGCUGUCCUCCCUCAGGGACCCGGGAGCCGGGAUCUCUGGCAGUUCAGCCGCUGUGGUCCAGACGCAGUGCUCGGGCGUCCCGAACGACUGCUGGGCCUCUGUGUCCCCGUCGCUCCCACAAUCUGCUCCCGGUUACCUACGUUACUUGGCUUCCACAGACCGUCCCCGCUCUCGUCCCGGACUUUUACCAAAUACCCAGCGUGAGAGUGUCGGGGUGUGAGGGCGUGUCCUCCACGCUGGGGCCAAACCACACCACAGUGUCUGAGUUCAUCCUCAUUGGCUUCUCCACGUUCCCUCGUCUUCAAUUGAUGUUCUUUGUGCUUUUUCUGCUGAUGUAUUUGUUCACACUGCUGGGCAACCUUCUCAUCAUGCUGACCAUCUGGAGUGAGCGGAGCCUCCACACACCCAUGUACUUCUUCCUGUGUGCACUCUCUAUCUCAGAAAUCUUCUAUACUUUUGCCAUUAUCCCACGACUACUCACAGACUUGCUCUCUACUCAACAUGCUAUCUCCUUCAUGGGCUGUGCCAACCAGAUGUUCUUCUCCUUCACAUUUGGAUUCACCCACUCUUUCUUACUCACAGUCAUGGGCUAUGACCGCUAUGUGGCCAUCUGCCACCCUUUGCGCUACAAUGUGCUCAUGAGCCCACAGGGUUGUACCUGGCUGGUGGUCUUCUCAUGGUUUGGUGGCAUGGUAAUGGGACUGGUGGUCACACUUGCCAUUUUCCACUUGCACUUUUGUGGGCCCAAUGAAAUCCACCAUUUUGCCUGCCAUGUACCCCCCUUGGUGAAGCUUGCCUGUGGGGACAUUUGGGCUGUGGCCAUGGGAGUGGGAAUGGUCUGCAUCACAGCCCUAUUGGCUUGCUUCCUCCUAAUCCUCAUUUCCUAUGCCUUCAUCGUGGCCACUAUCUUGAGGAUCCCUUCCGCUGAGGGCCGACACAAAGCCUUUUCUACCUGUGCCUCCCACCUCACUGUGGUUGUGGUACACUAUGGCUUUGCUUCUGUUAUAUACCUAAAGUCCAAGGCCCCAGAGUCACUUGAAGGAGACACAUUGAUGGGGAUCACCUAUACUAUCCUUACUCCCUUCUUGAGCCCCAUCAUCUUUAGUCUGAGGAACAAGGAACUGAAGAAUGCCCUACAUAAAGUCUUCUUCAGCAAUUUCUUCCCUCAAAAACUGUAG